AGAAAAAGGUGUUUUCCGUUGGAAUCCUCACAAUGUAAAUUUAAACAUAGAACGUUUCUUAUACGUUUUACACAUGACGAGGCAAAUUUGAAAGAAGCAAACGUAUAAAUGCACAAUAGCUGAGGCAAUUUUAUUUUCAAUAUUUUACAAAAUGCUCGCCAUCGAUAAUACAAGCUUACAGACUGUAGAAGAUGAAUCAUGGGAAGACAUUUUAAAAUUGGAAAACAACAACAACACGUUGCUUGAUGCUACAUUAUUAGCUUUAAAAACUGGUAACCUAGCUCCUCUGAUUAAAGAAGAUCUAAAGUACACAAUAAAGUCUAGACGUCACAAGCAAGGAAAAGAGGAACUAAAAGUUGAGAUACACGAAAAGAAAAUAUAUGAGCUGACAGUUGAAGAACAGAUUAAAAUUGACAGACGACGUGAACAAAACAGACAAGCAGCGCAUAGAUUUCGCGAAAAGAAGAAGAGUACUUCAUCGCUUCUAUUCAAGAAAAUACAAGCACAAGAAGCUGACAAUAUGAAAAAGACAAACGAAGUAAAAGAACUGCGUAAAGAGAAGGAACAGUUACAGAAAAUGUUGUUCGAACAUUUGUUAGUGUGUCCUAAUGCAAAACAAUGCAUAAGAUUUCAGCCAUGAUUUUUUAAAGGGUGAAACAGUUAUCUACUAUUUUCAAAAUGAUAGGAAUAAGCUAAGAUUGAAAUCUUACUGUGUUCCAAGAUAAUAAGACAUUAACUUCCUACGAAUGAAUAAUAAGAUGCAUAGUUGCACAUAAAUAUCCAACUAGUUCAAAGAACAACACAAUUAUCUUACGACAAUUUCUUUUUUAUUAAGAUUGAAGUUUUCUAAUCUGUUUAAAAGAACACGUGUUUGGCAUAAGUUUACUGGUAUCAGCCUAUUUAAUAGAUAGACGUUGUUGUUUUAAUAGGAAAAGGAAAACAAAUCGAGCAGUUGAAUAUACAAACAUGAUAUGCUAUUGCAUCGAUUGUUGGUAAACUUUUGUUGCAUCAUAUACAUAAUAAGUGUAAGAGUAAUCUGUAUUGGCAAUGCAUCAGAUAAUCAUAAUUCCAUAUAGAUAUUAGAGAAAUUUAUCAUUUACAUAUUAUAUCAAUCUACUGUAUUAUGAUGUAUUUUUGUAAUCAUUUUUAUUGAGAAGACAAAUAACGGCUAGGGCUAAUAAUAAGUUUUGUGUUCAGUAUUGUGAAAUAGUUCUUCACUUAACGAAAUAAAGACGAAUACUCAUACAAACUGUAUUGACUGUACAUGUAACUGUUAUGGCAUUUUAUUCAGUUUCUGUUUAUUAACAUCUUAUUGAUGCUACGGAGAUCAUUUAUUUGUUUUAAUUGUAAUAGAAUGCUUUUUCAUUAACGAAUUUAUGUUGAUUAGACAAGAACAUGCUUAUCAAUGGCUAGAAAAGCUUUUUGUGAAUAAGCUUUUUGAAUAUUUGUAUUUUUUGUACAAUUUAUACUAUAUAAUAAAAGUUUCCGUU